AAGCAGCAGCAACAGCAGCAGCAACAACAGAAGCAGCAGCAGUAGCAACAGAAGCAGUAGCAACAGAAGCAGUAGCAACAGAAGCAGCAGCAACAGCAGCAACAGAAGCAGUAGCAACAGAAGCAGCAACAGUAGCAACAGAAGCAGCAGCAGUAGCAACAGAAGCAGUAGCAACAGAAGCAGCAACAACAACAGCAGCAGCAGCAACAGCAGCAGUAGCAACAAAAGCAGGAACAACAGAAGCAGCAGCAGUAGCAGCAGAAGCAGUAGCAGCAACAAAAGCAGUAGCAACAGAAGCAGGAACAACAGAAGCAGCAACAACAGAAGCAACAACAACAGUAGCAACAGAAGCAGCAGCAACAGCAGCAGCAGCAGAAGCAGCAGCAACAGCAACAGCAGCAACAGCAGCAGCAGCAACAGCAACAUCAGCAACAGCAGCAGCAACAACAGAACCAACAGAGUCAGCAGCAGCAGCAGCAACAGAGUCAGCAGCAGCAGAAGCAGCAACAGAAGCAGCAGCAGAGGCAGCAGCAGCAACAGAAGCAGCAGCAGUAGCAACAGCAGCAGCAGGAGGAUCGCGAUCUGCAGAGCAUGCGACACGAGCCUCACCGACUCGGACCGCACAGCCGAGGCCACCACGUCCCCGCUCGGCCCGCGUCACAACAACAACCACAACCACCACUACCACCACCACAACCACCACCAUGCCGAGGAUGUUCCCCGGCAGAGGCGAGCCGAAGGGGUCACCCCACCGCGGGGUCACGACGUCGGCCACCGCCACUGCGGCCGCCGCCGCCACCUCCGGCGAGACGGCGACAGCGGCCCGGGGCCACGGGAGGCGCGAGCUGAACCCGUCCGUCGUCGUGGCCGAGGAUCGACCGCCGGUCUUCAAAGGUACCGACCGACCGACCUUGGCGGCGGAGCCGGGCUCAGAAUUUUUUUUUUUUUAUGUCAAAAUGAGAAUAUCACUCCGACGUGUCGUCGUGUAUUUUGGGCGCGACGUGGAGUUGAAAUGACCACAACACCGCCACCACCGCCACCGCCACGCUGAACAACAACACGAGAUGACGCGGAACGGCAGAUGCGCACGACCGGACAGCCACGAGGGACAGCUGCACGGCGCCGCUCCGACAAAAGUUGCCGGCAUCGGUGGGCAAUAAACAACAGCGGGGGUUUGUCGAUUGUAGUUCCCCCUCGUCCUAGCGGCGUGCUCAGCGACCCGGCCCUGCAAGUUCCCCAGCGCGCUGGCACCGUCCAGCCGGCAACAACUUCUUGUCCACGCAGUCGUGCGCGUCGAUGAUCACAGCGAUGAUGAUGAUGACGACGAUGACAACAUCGAUGAUGAUGACGACAGCGAUGAUGACGACGACAAUGACGAUGACGACAGCGAUGAUGAUGACGACAACGACGAUGAUGAUAAUCACGACAAUGAUGAUGAUGACGACAACGAUGAUGAUGAUGACGACGCGACGGUCGCGUUCGGUUGCUGCCGCAGGAGGUACCAGGAUCCACGUGUCGCUGUCUCUGCGCAUCGACUUGGUGUUCAGCGUCGCUCUGCUCGACCCGGCGUCGCCCCAGCGCCGAGCUCUGGUGGAGAACUUUCACGAGACCAUCGAUCCGUUUUUUUGGAAGGUCUCCGGAUUCCAAGACCUCAUCAUCAAGAGAAUACGGAACGGCAGCACCAUCGUGGACACGGCCGUCGUGUUCCUGGCCGCACCGAUCCGCCACCACCUCUGGGACCUGUCCGAGGUGGUGCGCGCCAGCGGCCUCCAAGACGCGCUGGCGGACGGGGUCUUCGUGAGCGGCGCCCGGGUCGUGGAGGUCGUCCUCGACGAGCGGCGGGCCGCGCUGUGCGGCCGCGCGUUCGUGUGCGCCGCCGGCUUCGCGUGCGCAGAGCCCACGCGCCGCGGCCGUGCGCCCGUCUGCUCCUCGCGCUGCCACGCGGGGUUCUGCCUCAACGACGGCGUCUGCAGCCACCGGCCUCCGGAGGGACCCGCGUGCCGGUGCCCCGUGGGUGAGGAUUUUUGGUUUGUGGGGCGGCACUGCGACGAGAAGGUGACGGCCGAGAGUCACGGCCUGGGCCGAGUGGCCGGGGUCGCCCUGGGGGUCGCCGCGGCCCUGGCGGCCGCCGUGGCCACCCUGGCGGUGCUCGUGGCGAGGAGGAGGAGGAGACAGUGCCAGCACGUGACCCCCGCAGUGAAGGACACGGAGCAAGAGCACAGCAGCAGUUACCGGCGCUUCAGCCGCUGCGACGAGAUCUGGUCGCGACCGGCACGGAGCUCCUGGACCUGGGGGUCGGCGCAGUCCCUGGCGAGCGAAGAGGCGGCGGCGGCGGCUGUGCCCGUGCUGGCGGGACCCGCGGCCCGGGGUCCGAACGAGGCCCCCACCGGUCACCCUCGCGGAGGCCUGGGGCGGGCCGGGCGAGCAGGUAUCAGUUUGCAGUCGGGACUCAACGUCCUGGACUCGGGCUUAGCGAGCGACACGUCGGCGUCCAGCCUGGACCGGGGCGGCCCGGCCGUCGUCCACCGGCCCAGCCGCUCCCCCGGCCCUCGUCGUCAGCCAGCGCACGUGUCUCCCCGGCUUCUGAACAGGCGGCCGUACUCGUACUGCGAAGGCCUGGAGCUUGUGGAGAUGGACUGGCUGUGCCACGCUGACACGAACUGUCCAACGAUGAAGGCCACUAAGUUGGUGGGAAAAAAGAGUGAACCGUCACCAUCAAACAUCCGUGAACUGUCACCGAAAAUAAACCGUGAAUUGUCGGUUGUAAAAUAGAUUAACUGUUUGGGGUAAAAUCCCUUAACUUGUCAGCUACGAUAAUGUUGUAUGGAAGAGGAGCAGCAGCAUUUUACAGUUUGGCAUCAAGUGUUGAUAUCCAGUCAAUUUCUUAGGGAGACGCAGAGUUAAUUGUCAGAGAUGUUUCCAGUGGGGAAUGAGCAACAGCGGACAUUUGUGUUCACCAAACGUUCCAUUGCUGUUCACAGCAUUCACUCUGUUGGGUGUAAUUGAGUCUGCAUGUGUGCAGAAGCCACGCGUGAAUGAGUGUGCAUGAGUGAGUGUAGGAGGUGGGGAGCGGUAGUGUCGUGGUUAGCACGCUGCACUAGGAACCCGGCGACCAAAGUUCAAUUCCAGCUCACGGCCACCACCAGUAACGAUAUUCUGAACAGGUCCUGGGCCUGCUCUAGGUCGACUCAGCCUCAAAUGAGUAACUGGUGCGGUGUGUAAAAACAUCGCCAAUGAGGAGACAAAGGCGGUCGGGUGCGGUGCUGGCCACCCACCCCCUCGUGUACCGUGCCGGCCUUCUUAGGUGCUCGCUAACAGCACUUGCCCCAACAGCCUGUUAAGGCUAUACGGGGGAUCUUUGUAUUUCUAUGAAGCAGUCAUAUCGGCCAAGCCAUGGCACCUGGGUCUGCCCUGUGACCUUCUGUCAGCGAGCCUGCCACAUUGCACGUGACAGCCUCAAAGUGCACCUAGCUUGGCACAAGCACCGUGGUGACGUCACCGUGUAGCGGUCAUUAUGCUGCACUACAAACUUGGGGCUCGAUUCCCGAUCACGGCCAACACCGGUGACGAUUAUCUCAACCGGUCCUGGGCUCCUCCCCUAGGUCGACUCGGCCUCAAACGAGUACCUGGUGCGGUGUGUAAACAUCGCCACUAGGAAGACAAAGGCGGUCGAGCGUGGUGCUGGCCAUCCACCUCCUCAUGUUCCGUGCCGGCCCUUCAUAGGGGCUCGCUAAUAGCAAUUGCCCCCCACAGUCUGCUAAGGCUACACGGGGGACCUUUGUCUGUGUGUGUUGAGGACGACCGGGGUGAGUUUGGUGCGUGGAGUUCUGCGCGCGCGCGCGUCUGCCUUUGUAGAUGGGUUUGUGUUGUGUGAGUCGGUGUUGGUGGGUUUGUGUUGGUGUGUGUUGUGUGAGUUGGUGUGUGUUGUGUGUGUUGGUGGGUUUGUGUUGGUGUGCGUUGUGUGAGUUGGUGUGUGUUGUGUGUGUUGUUGGAUGUGUGUUGUGUGUGUUGGUGUGUGUUGUGUGUGUUGGUGGGUUUGUGUUGUGUGCGUUGUGUGUGUUGGUGGGUUUGUGUUGUGUGUUGGUGGGUUUGUGUUGUGUGAGUCGGUGUGUUUGUGUUGUGUGCGUUGUGUGUGUUGGUGGGUUUGUGUUGUGUGUUGGUGGGUUUGUGUUGUGUGAGUCGGUGUGUGUUAUGUGUGUUGUUGGGUGUGUCGGUGGGUUUGUGCUGUGCGCAUUCGUACUGCGUGCUGUGCAUAUCUGCGCCGCGUGUGUUUCUUGGCUGUCUGGCCGUCUUUGUGCCGGUGCGGCGGCAUUGUUGUUGAGACAUUCGGUGAGCCCCCGGCGCAUUUCGUAUAUUGACUAAAGUAUUUUCUGUCUCCUACCUCAGCAUUUGUUGUUGGGGUGUUGUUGUUGAUUGUUCGUAUUAAACGCGACAGCCUCGCAAAA